GACCACAUCUACAACAUACUCACUCAUUUUCCUUCUCCCUUAGAACGUACCCCUUUCAUUUUCCCAACCCACCAAAGCUUAGCUUGCUUGCUAACCAACACAUCAUGGCUCCUGGAGAUAGCAGCCAACUUCCGGUAACCUCCGCCGCCGACGGCUCCGGCACCAAAGCCCGGGGAUGGUUCAUCCCUUACCUCGACUCUCCAUCCCCUUUCCAGAAGAUUGCGGCAGAAGUUGUGGGGACGUACAUGCUGGUGUUCAUGGGCUGCGCCGCCGCUCUUACCGACAGGGUUCAGAAGCUCACCAUUGUCGGGGUGGCCAUCGUGUGGGGGUUCGUGCUCAUGGCUGCGAUUUACGCCGUCGGCCACAUCUCCGGUGGUCAUUUCAACCCCGCUGUCACCGUCGCCCUGGCCACCAUCCGCCGGUUUCGAUGGAAGGAGGUGCCGAUGUAUGUGCUGGCUCAGUUGCUUGGAGCGACGCUGGCGAGCCUGACGCUGAGAGGGCUGUUCCACAACCAGGCCGACAUUGAUCCGAUAAUGACGCAGUACGCGGCGCCCACCUCGGAUCUCGUGGCUUUCACCUGGGAGUUCAUCAUAACUUUCACUCUUAUGUUCAGCAUCUGCGCCAAUGCCACCGACGACCGCGCGAGCAAGGGCUUUGCUGGGUUUGCAAUCGGCUCGACACUGCUGGUCAACGUCAUGGUUGCGGGGCCGAUAACCGGGGCGUCGAUGAACCCUGCGAGGAGCAUCGGCCCGGCAGUGGCGUCUGGAGUGUUCAAGAACCUGUGGUUGUACAUCGUGGCUCCUGUUCUUGGAGCACUGGCAGCAGCCAUGGUGUACAGUGGGCUCCGAGUACCCUUGGCCGCGCCGCCACCGCCGCCGGAGAAAAAAGAGCAAGGAUCCAUUUAACAGCCAGGCCCAGGCCCGUUGGAUCGAUAUGAACGUUACGUACAAUAAUGGAAGGCAAGGUAGCUAGCUAGGCAGCUGAUGGAGCAUGCACUUUUGUCCCGACAUAGCUUUUCCGACACGGCCAAAAGAAGCGGUUGUCUCGAAUCGACCGAGGGCCCCGAUGCUGCAUGGCCAUGAAUAUGUUGAAGGAAGGAAUCUCAACCAUGUAAUGUAUCUAUCUGUUUGGAAUAAGAAGGGAUAUGAGUCGUCGAUCGGUUUUCAGUAAGCGAGUCGUUAUAGUUUAUGAUGGUUGUUCUACUUCUACGUGUAAGGGUCAGUGAGUGGUUAGGGUGGGUUUGGAGGUCAAGUAGUGUGUGUGGCUGGCUACUUCUACUUCCUUUGGUUGUUAUAAAGUUGUUGUUAUAAUUAAGAGUCUCUUUUUAAGUAAGAUUUACGUUGGUAAUAAGGAAUUUCGUUUUUC